UCCAAUAGAUUAGACGUGUGAAAGAUAAUUCGCCAGUCGUUCUCUCUAAACGUUUUAUAUAUCGUUAUAUCUCAUCGUAAUUUCAUAUAAGAAUUCUAUCACAUUCAUUUCGUUUUUACUUAUUAAUUAAUCAUGACACGUAACACGCAUGUUAAAAUUUUAUAUUUGACUUUAACUUGAUUAUAACCAAGGUGGUAUGUACGACGAAAUGCAGGUCAACUUCGUUAACAACAGUCACGAGUCAGUCGUCGAAGAACGCUCAGCUGGAUUAGACCUGUGGAAUAUAUAAGGUGCCAAUAAUGUUCAACGGGAUUCGGAAAUGCUCGGAUGGUACUAUAAAGAACUAGGAACGUUUCAGGUGUCGUUCGUACCGACGUGUCUGCGCAUGAUACAACAAGCUAUGCUGCCCUCUAGAUAGCAAUUGAUUUAAUUAGAAUUUAUUCUUCAUUCUGGCGUCUACGUAUAGAAAUGUUUCCUCAAAGCUCGCAAAAUAGAUUUUGGAUGUUUAGAGACGAGAAUGAAUUAACGGCGUUAAGAGAGAAGACGAAUGCUGAUUUCAUCGAAAAACAUGGUGCCAAUAUGUCUCCACAAGAAAGAGAGGCACAUUUUCUCUCCGACAACGAAGAGCGUACACUUCUCAGAUUUUAUGAAUUACAAUUACGUGAUUUCUGUCGUCGUUUUACUCCUCCAAUGCCUAGAGCUACUGUUGCUACUGCUCUACAUUACUUCAAGAGAUUUUAUUUAAGGAACAGUGUAAUGGAUUAUCAUCCAAAAGAGAUAUUAGUCACAUGCGUAUAUUUAGCUUGUAAAGUUGAAGAAUUUAAUGUUUCAAUAUCUCAAUUUGUUGCAAAUAUUAAAGGGGAUAGAGAAAAAGCAUCAGAUAUUAUUCUUAACAACGAAUUGUUACUUAUGCAACAACUGAAUUAUAAUUUAACUAUUCACAAUCCAUUUAGACCUGUGGAAGGAUUAAUGAUUGAUAUUAAGACACGGUAUACUUCGUUAGAAAAUCCAGAGAAAUUGAGGCCACAUAUAGAUGAAUUUCUAGAAAGAGUUUUCUUAACAGAUAGUGUUUUACUUUAUGCUCCAAGUCAAGUUGCUUUGGCUGCAACUUUACAUGCAGCAUCCAGAGCUUCUGCAAACUUAGACAAUUAUGUAACAGAUAUAUUAUUUCCAAGUGAACAAUUAGGAGGCAUAAUUGAAGCAGUUAGAAAAAUAAGAUCAAUGGCUAAAUGCGUAGAACCACCAUCGCGCGAUGUUGUAAGAGCUAUAGAAAAGAAAUUGGACAAAUGUAGAAAUCAGGAAAAUAAUCCUGACAGUGAGAUAUAUAAACAAAGGAUGCAAGAAAUGUUGGACGAAGAAGACCUACAAGAUAAUGAAAAAUAUGCUAAGAUCAUACAAGAUCAAGCAGCUCACGAUGAAAAGACUUUAGGUGUUAAUAAAAUGUUAUCAUCGCCAUCUGCAGUUUGAGAAAAAUUUUCGUUUAGAUAUUUAUCAUGGUCUCAUUCACGAAAUAAUUUAUUAUCCCAAUUUAAUUCCGUACAUAUAAAAGAAUUUUCGUUAUUUUUUAUUCUUUUUUUUUUUUCUACGAAAUUCACUCAUUCAAGAAUUUAUUGGAAAUUUUUUGUCGUUCGAAUUCAUAAUAAUGAUUAGGAAAAAAAUUCGGUAGAUACCAAAAUAUAUGUACUCCAAUGUAAUUAGAAUAUUAUUUAUUUUGUACGUAUAUUAAGUAUCCUUAUUAUAAAUGCAAUUAUAUAAAAAGAUAACAGCGAGAUAUCAAUGUUCGAACGAGCAAUUUCUGUACACGUAUUGCACCUCUCGUCAAUAUAAUAAUUAACGAAUUAA